UGGGACCACACGUGACAACAUGUAUUGACAGGUUCCUUGGCAAGCAAAAAAGUGCUCUUGGCAUGCACACAAUGUUUCUCGAAUCUCUGGCCUUGCAUACGGUUGGGGCUGCAAAUCUAAAGCGGUUGACAACCUGCUCGGAAAGCAGCUGUCGCCAAAGGAUCGCUAUUACACGUAGUUGUACAGUCGACAAGGCGGCAACGCCAUGUUCCCGCACAUGUUGCUGCGUGCCCCUUGAUACAUAUGGGCUAUUGAGGCUGGUGCUGUGUCCAAUAAUAUUUGGUUAAACAAUAGUUCAGUGAAGACUACAUAUGUCGGCAUGUGGAAUUAGUCAAGAUUAAAAACCAGAC